CGACCAUCCACAGUGAAUGAUCACCUGAUCCCACUCAAAAAUUCUCUCCUUCACACUUCCGACGACGACCCAAGAGAUGUCGUGGUUCUCUGGCUCAUCCUCCAAAAGCGAGCCGAAGGGCAAACAACCCGACGCAGGGAAACAAACGAUCAAGGACUUCGUCCAGCAAGUUCCCAAUGCGAUGUACGAGUUCUCGUCCGACGACCAAUCCCAAUCUGCUGAGAUAUGCCGGCGAACAUCCUCCGGCGUCUCAUGUAUCAAAGUUGACGGCACAAGCAAGAAGCUGUUCGAGACGAUGCAGAGUAUGGGUUUCUUCUGUGCCCUGCCGGCAGAUCCGGGGAAGACAUAUAUGGAAUGCAAGCCUCUGAUGCCCCCGAAGUAGGCGGAUAACCACCUACGUACUCCAGUGGCACAAAUGGGGAUUGUAGGGUCCCGAUUUAACUUCGUACUCAGAUCAAAUGUAUCCUUGCCCAAGCGCGACUUUGAACGGUUUGAGGGAUUCUGGUCACCAACAAGAGGGGGAGGUUGGUGCAUUCGCACGCCGGACCUUAUAUCCGAUAGUCAGAGUCGGAAGCAAUGAACGC